UAAGCAAAAACCAGAAUCUGUAUUUGAUAGCGGGAACAACCACACCUUUUUGCUUUAAAAACACAUUAAUCGAUUAAUUGAUAAUUGAUUAAAGGCACGGAUUUUAAGUUUAAAAACAAACACAAGAAGGACACAAACAAAUUCAUCAAAAUCACUUUUUAUCUGCAAACCACACAACACAAACAUAUCUCUGUCUGUCUCUAUAGGAAAAUGGCGCGGAAUAAGAAAGCUAGGGUUUCCGAUGAUGAAGAAAUCGAAGAUCAACCUCAAAAGACUCUCUACCAGGUUCUUGGUUUGGAGAAAACUGCUUCUCAACAGGAAAUAAAGAAGGCUUAUUACAAAUUGGCAUUGCGGCUUCAUCCGGAUAAGAACCCUGGCGAUGAGGAGGCUAAAGAGAAAUUCCAGCAACUUCAAAAAGUUAUUUCCAUUCUUGGAGACGAAGAGAAACGAGCCAUCUAUGAUGAGACUGGUUGUAUUGAUGAUGAUGAUCUUGCAGGAGAUGUUCAGAAUCUUCAUGAGUUUUUCAGAACAAUGUACAAGAAGGUCACUGAAGCUGAAAUUGAGGAAUUUGAAGCAAACUACAGGGGAUCUGACUCAGAGAAAAAUGAUUUGAUUGAGCUGUACAAGAAGUACAAGGGGAAUAUGAACAGGCUUUUUUGUUCAAUGCUUUGUUCAGAUGCUAAACUUGACUCACACCGAUUCAAAGAUAUUCUUGAUGAGGCUAUAACUUCUGGAGAACUAAAGGCAACAAAAGCCUACCAGAAAUGGGCUAAGGAAGUAUCAGAAAUCAAACCACCCACAAGUCCUUUAAGGAGGAGAGCAAAGUCAAAUAAGCAGCCUGAAACAGAUCUAUAUGCAGUCAUAGCACAACGCCGAAACGAGAGGAAAGGCCAGUUUGAUUCAAUGUUCUCUUCUCUAGUAUCGAAGUAUGGUGGAGGUGAUAUGCCAGAACCUUCUGAAGAGGAAUUUGAAGCUGCACAGAAAAAGUUGGAGAAGGGAAGAUCCUCAAAAAAGUCAAAGCAAUCAAAAGGAAAGUAAAAAGCAUACUGUUAUGUGUAUAGCUAAUUUAUUUGUGUGAGGUGUGUGAACAUGGCAUUGAAUCCUUUCAUGUUGUAAUCAAAUACAGUGUAAUGGUUGUUAGUUUCCGCGGAUGUACUUUGGCGUUCUUUCUUAUUUUCAAUAGUAACGUGACUGGUUUGAAACAGCCAUUUUACUUAUGAUGAGUUGUGAAAGUAAGUGAUAGUUGGUAUCCUUUCAUCAAUUUCUUAUGAAUGUUUAA